AUCAUAACAUUGUCCUUCGCCUUCCCUUCCCCUGCAAGAAGACAGAAAACCACCCAUUCCCGCCCCAUUUUUUUUUGAAGAAAAAAUGAACCCAAAUCAGACGGUGGAGGAUGAAUCACAGCCAUCCAUCACGGCCAUGACCCGCCGUAUCCAACGGCUGUCCAUUCACCUUACCCCACUUCCACUCUUCCAACCUUCACCUCAGCUCAACAUGCUAACAUGCGCCAAGGCCAAUAAGCUGGAGUUUGACAAAGGCUCUCUCUCAAGCUACAUGAGAGGGAAGUAUAGGGAAAGUCAAGAGAAAGUUCUUGAAUUUUUUAAAUCAAGGCCUUAUUUGCAAACCCCAAUUGAGAUUUCAAUGAAUGAACAUAGGGAGCUUUGUAUGAGACAACUUAUGGCGUUGGUUAGAGAAGCAAAGAUUAAGCCUUUUAGAUAUAUUGUUGAAGAUCCUGCUAAGUAUUUUGCGAUUGCUGAGGCUGUUGGGAAUAUUGAUAUAUCUCUUGGGAUAAAACUUGGCGUCCAUUGUAGUCUUUGGGGAGGUUCUGUGCUGAACUUAGGAACUAAAAAGCACCGGGAUAAGUAUUUUGAUGGUAUUGACAAUUUGGAUUAUCUAGGUUGUUUCGCUAUGACAGAACUACAUCAUGGUGAACUCUGUUUUCAUUGUGGUCUCCAAACCAUUGCAACAUUUGAUCGAAUUACAGAUGAAUUUAUAAUUGACACACCUAAUGAUGGGGCCAUCAAAUGGUGGAUUGGCAAUGCUGCAGUUCAUGGCAAGUUUGCAACAGUUUUUGCCAAGCUGAUUUUAACAACUCAUGACUCUAAAGGAGAUUCUGAUAUGGGAGUCCAUGGCUUCAUUGUGCCAAUAAGGGAUUUAAAAACUCACCAAACACUUCCAGGAAUUGAAAUACAUGAUUGUGGCCACAAAAUUGGCUUGAAUGGGGUGGAUAACGGAGCACUGAGAUUCUGUUCAGUUAGAAUUCCCCGAGAUAAUCUUCUUAAUCGAUUUGGGGAUGUUUCUCGAGAUGGAAAAUACACAAGUAGUCUCCCUACAAUAAACAAACGUUUUGCUGCUAUGCUAGGUGAACUUGUAGGUGGGAGGGUUGGCCUUGCAUCUUCUUCAGUUGGUUUCCUCAAGAUUGCUGUCACUAUUGCAGUGCGAUACUCCUUACUACGUCAGCAAUUUGGUCCUCCCAAACAGCCUGAAGUCAGCAUUCUUGAUUAUCAAUCUCACCAGCACAAGCUCAUGCCAAUGCUGGCUUCAACUUAUGCAUUUCAUUUCGCCACUCGGGAUUUGGUGGACAAAUAUUCAGAGAUAAAGAAGACACAUAAUGAACAACUGGUUGGAGAUGUCCAUGCACUUUCUGCGGGUCUGAAGUCCUAUGUGACAUCAUAUACUGCAAAGUCAUUGAGUACCUGCAGGGAAGCCUGUGGAGGCCAUGGGUAUGCUGCUGUCAACCGGUUAGGUAGCUUGAGGAAUGAUCAUGACAUUUUCCAGACAUUUGAAGGAGACAACACAGUACUUCUGCAACAGGUAGCUGGCGAUCUAUUGAAGCAAUACAAGGACAAGUUCCAAGGUGGUCCUCUUUCUGUCACAUGGAACUACUUGAGAGAAUCUAUGAACACGUACUUGUCUCAGCCAAAUCCUGUAACUGCACGUUGGGAGAGCGCAGACCACUUGCGAGACCCUAAAUUCCAGUUGGAUGCCUUCAGGUACCGAACCUCAAGACUGCUUCAAAGUGCAGUGGCGCGGCUUCGAAAGCAUUCUAAAACUCAUGGCAGCUUUGGUGCUUGGAAUAGGUGCCUGAAUCACCUUCUCACACUUGCAGAGUCUUUUAUCGAGUCUGUUAUCCUUGCAAAGUUUAUUGAAGCUGUGCAGAACUGUCCUGAUGCAAGUAGUCGAGCUGCUCUAAAACUUGUUUGUGAUCUUUAUGCCCUUGAUCGGAUCUGGAAUGACAUAGGAACUUACCGUAAUGUUGAUUAUGUUGCUCCUAACAAAGCUAAGGCAAUCCACAAGCUCACAGAAUACCUGAGUUUCCAAGUGAGAAACAUUGCAGGGGAACUUGUAGAUGCAUUUGAUCUCCCGCCAUAUGUUACGCGGGCCCCGCUUGCAAUGAAGUCAGAAGCAUAUGCUCAGUACACACAGCUUGUUGGGUUCUAAUGACUAGCGAAAGCAAAACUGCAAUGUUACUUGUGUAAUUGUGAAUACCAUAAGAUGGAACAAGCAUGUGAAUUUCACGAUAGAUAGAAUUUUUUAAUUCUUUUACCAGAUUAAAUACUGGGUUCAGGUCAAUACGGUUGUUGAAACCCAGGUCGAUAGCCUGUGUUUGGAAAGAAUAAUCUGUUGAAGGUUGAAAAUAAUGUUGUUUAAACUGUAACAAUGAACUAUGUACAUUUUCUUGCCAAUAGAAGAAUAGCAUGUUAUUUUUUUGGUG